AUGCCUGGCAUCGAAGUGGCUGCGCGACCUUGGCUCUACGUGAAGGCAAGCCUCGGAGACACGGAUAUAUCCAACCGGCUGAAAGAAUUGGGCAUCCUGAAAGCGUCCUCCACGCCGAGCGCCAAGACUCACUGGCUUCGCAAAGUGCUCUCUCGUAACGUGGACUUCGUCAAGGACUACCCGUUGCAGUGCUUCUUACAUGACGCGACCAUGGCGAAAACAAUUACCUCAGUGGUCGCUGUUGCUGAGAAGCAGAGGAUCUCGCCAGAUGAGGCUGCUGCGGACAUGCCGCAGUUUGAACAAUACUGGCACCACCAAGCACAGAAGUUGGAGGACGUGUGUCGGCAGGCCCAGACGUUCCCAAAUCUCUUCUUCACCAUCGCUCCCGCUGAGUGGAGGUUCCCCCUACACGGGGGCAUGUUCGACAAAGCAGACCAGGAUGAUCUCAGCCAAUGUCAAGCCUGGUUGACCAUGCACAUGCGCAACUGCAUCGGGGCCAUCCUGGAUGAGGUGCUGUGGAAGAACAAGGCCCAGGCGGCCGACUUGGGAAUUGCGGAGAUCGAGCACUACACCUAUCGCUUUGAGUUCCAAGGACGUGGCACCCUUCAUGUGCACGCCGUGGCGUGGGUGAAGUUCAAUCCCGGGGUCUCCAUAGAGGAGUUGAGCGGCCGCAGCGGUGUGGGAGUUCAGACGAGUCCAUUGGUGCGGCUCUUGGAGGAGGUAUUUGAUUGUGGAGCUGUUGAUGUGCAGUGUGGACAUUCAGAACACAAUUUGCUGCGCUACGUGGCCGGGUACGUCGCCAAGGCCUCGGAUUCGUUGCGCUUCCAGAAGGGAGAUGAGGCACGAGGGACACCUGCCGAGACUUCCCGGUGGCGGCAAGUGUACCGGCUCCUUUGCAAGCGAUCCCCGCUGGAGCAGGAGAUGGCCAUGUACUUCGCUGGCCUGCCGAUGGUGGAGUCUUCUUUCACUGGCGAGAGAAUGUAUCCUCCCAUCCCUGGCAGCACGGCCGUCAACAAGUACAGGCAUACUUACAUGGCGUAUCAAGAGCGCCUGUCUGCAGUACAUCCAGAACAUGCCCAAGUUCAAGAGGUAGCAGAGCAUGGCCAGGUCCUUCGGCUUCGAAGUUUCGUGGAGUGGUGUCGCCUGUUUCGUCUGCAUCAGUACAUCAAAACUGGUGAAGAUGCUUGGAAUUAUGUGGUGCGAGAGCGCAACACUCGUGGCCGGGGAUUCGGCAAGAAGUGUGCCAUUGCCAUGACUUGGCCUUUCGAAUUGUUGGACAUCUAUUGCGGCGCCUACGCAGCUUCCUUUCUUACCUCGCCUCGAAGCGGAGCUCUGUCUCCCUGCCGAUGA